UAUUUUUGCAUUCCAUCUUGUGGCACCGGUAGAGUGACUACGUGUAUCGUGCAAAGUUAUAGAGAAGUGAUUGCUUAUUUAAAUAUUGAGAAACAUACGCUGUGUAAUUGGAUUGACUCCGUAUUAUAAAGAACACAAUAAGUGAUCCGCAAAUAAUGAUUGACGCGGAGGAAUAUAAUGAAACUGCAGUGCAGCCGGUGGAUCACCAAUACGCCAAGGCGACUGUAGUAGAUAAUAAUCCUACUAUGGAUUGCCAAAAUGACGAAGAAGAACAGGAGCUCGUGGGGCCAUUUACUGGAACUCCAUACGAUGAAGAUUACGAAGACGAUGAAGAAGAGGAGGAACCAGUGGAGUGGACUUCUCCGCCGCCCUCUCCAGUGCCACCGCUCGCGUUCGGGAUACAUGGAGAUUUUGAUGACGAGACUUAUGAAGAAGGAAACGUCACCGAUCUCGUUUAUGGCCUAGACAACGUAGCCAUCGAUCAAACAGAUGCACAAACAAACAAUGAAGUGCAUUAUCUGGGCUUGUAUAAAUUUGUCUACUUUCUGUCAAAGGCGGAACAGGAAUCAUCUGACAAUAAUAUGCAAGAGGCAGUAGCUACCGACCAAGAUACACAGUAAAGUCGGGAGGAGGGAGAAAAAAAUAAUCAAUCAAAAAAUACACUGUUUAUACUUUUAAUUUAGAACAUAUAAGUAAUCUAAAAUGUUUAAUCCCUAGACUUAAUAAAAUGUAAUAAUAAGUCUCAUACGAUAAGGUUCCAUUUGUGAUCCUUCUUAGUACUCUUUUCUACUUUGUCAGAAGAAAUAAUU